UUUAAAGCGCAUGCGUAUUCGAGAUGUGUCGCUGUGCAGUAAUGUCGACGUUUAGCAUAUGAAAAUUUCGAAAAAUCUCUAUAAAAUCUUGAAGAGAUUAUGGUUAAUCGGCCACAAACCUUCGCCGAUAAGUUUGUGAAACGAAUGUAAUAAAUUUCGUUUGGAAAAGUAAGUGUUUUGUUAGUGAUAAGUCGUGAUUUUAUGUGUAUUGAUUUUGGGUUCGUUGUCCUCGUCGACGGUCGGUUUUAAGCGCGGGAAAUUCAAAGUUGUCGGUAUCGGCGAUCGAUUUGGUCGAAUUUGGACGUGAUGCGGUUCAAACCCGGACCUGAGUGACUUGUGUGAAGUUGUUCUAUUUUUAUUGGUGCGGUUCGAGGGAAUUAUUGCCAAUUUCGGACAAUCCGAACGGAACUGGAAAGUGUGACGUUAAUCUUAACACUAUUUUUACCAAAUUCCGCACAAGAAUAACCGGCGCUUCUUUCAAAGGAAUUUUCACGUUAUUUAGAUCCAAUUUCAGGUCCUGUUAAUGCGAAAAUUCGUCGGAUGCAUCUUUUUAACUCUAAUUCGAGGAAAAAGGAUUCAUCCUGUCGUUUCUGAGUGCCUGAUGAAUGAUUAAGACUUGUGUGAAUGGAGACAGAGUGUGUUGGUCCUAACAGCAAGCUUUUGCACUAACUUUUCUUUGACAGCAAUGUCAAUCGACCGAGUUGCCGUUAUAAACCACAUGGCUUUUGUUGUCGCGCUUGCCAUGUGGUGCGUAACAUUGGUGGUUUCGGUAACACCUGAUAACGCGUGUCGUGAUUCUAGCGUGGCCGUGACUUGCUCACCGACGCGCGAUCGUACCCCCACGGCCCCAUUCUCGGAUCUUGGCAGAAAACUACCCCCAGAUAUACGCGCUCGUUGACUCCACACGGACUUAUCUACAUCUAGCGGGACACGAUGUCUUCCAGAAGGCGGAGUCGUAGCAGAGAACGCUCAAAAAAUUCAAACGCCGGGUCCAAAUUGAGAAUGGACACCAAACCACAAACACCUAGAAUUACAGAUCCUAGUUUACCAGCUGGUCGAAGACGUGAGAUUGACACCGUAAUGAAAAAGGCACGUGCAUCACCGAAUUCAAAUGCUUACUGGGAUAAAAAGUUAUUAGAAGUUGAAGCAAAAGAUCCGAAUAGGUGGCGUCAUAGCGGUUACAAAUCGCUGUACAUUGACGGUUCUUCAUCGCCGUCGUCUGGACAUCGAAGUCGUUCAAGAUCUCCGACCGGUCGCAGAUCGCCCCCUCGCCGUUCGCCAGUUGGUCGUCGAUCGCCCCGCUCUCCAAUCUCACGUCGUUCGCCUCGUUCACCAAUCACUCGUCGAUCGCCUCGUUCGCCGCCGCCGCGUCGUUCUCCCAUAGGUCGCAGGUCACCGAUUUCGCGUCGUUCGCCCGUCGCUUAUAGCCGAUCGCCGGUCGGUCGUCGUUCUCCGCCUCCCGCAACGCGUUCCCGACCUGCUCGACCUCGUUCGCCGCCACCACACAAAGCCUCCGGUUCUGGACGACGAUCAGCGUCGGCAAGUUCAAUCAGCAGCUGUUCGGACGAUUCGUGUUCGGUGUGUUCGCCAAAGAAUCAUCGACAUCCGAGGUCGAGAUCUCGUUCGUUUUCGGUGCCACGAUCUCGGAAAGGACAGGCAAAGACCGCGUCGCCGGCGCUCAAGUCUCGAGUUCGUCCUAGACCCCCUUCGCCGUCUCCGUCGCCUCCCAGGCGAAUGCCGAGGCCGAUGACGCCGCCGCCAGCACGGAAACCGCAAAAGACGAGCUCGUCGGAUCGACCGACGGAUCCGAGGAGGCAACCGCCCCCUCCAAGGCCUCGAGGGAGGACAGGAGAAGUGAUCGAUGUUACUGGAGUAAAACCUCCCAUGAAACCUGCCAGAAAACCGAAGGAGAAAGGAUCUGAACCAGUUUUGUUAACUAGAAUUAAAAAGGAGAGGACGAAGAAGAGAACGGGAUCUCCGGGAGAGUCUUCAGGUUCGGAAGAUAGCGAUACUUCUUCUACUUCACCAAUCGUUGCCACCACAAGAUUGACUUUAUCAGAAAGAUUCGGGAAAAUCGCUCAGUGGAGUGCCGAUAGAGAAAGACGUGACAUUGAAAAUAUGAGAAUUACAAAGACAGGAGGUGAUCUCAAGGUUAUGAUAGAAGGAGAAGAUUAUAUUUAUGGAAGUCCGCCUCGAAGAUACAGUUUGUCGCCAGUUCCGGCUGGUCAUUAUCCGGACGAGCUUCUAUCUUCGGGUCCGUCAAGACUGGCAGCUUGGGACGAUGUUAGAGUGCGAUACCAGUAUUAUAAAGAUCUUGGAUAUCUUCGAGAUUUAUCGUUGGAUGAUUACAUCAAGUGGGAAGAAUGGUGGUAUAAAUAUCAAGAUUGGCUUACAAACGAAAGACACUAUGAACACUGGCUUAGUACUCAAAGACGCCGCAGGAAACGGCUUCCUGCCACACAAAGAUUGAAUUAAGAAAUUUACGAUAUAAUAUAACAAAUUUAACUUGGGUUUUUUUCGACAUAGUGACAAGAACAACUGGUUAUGUGAUAACUUUAAUUUUUUGCUGUUUGACAUAUCUCUUAAGUUAGGUAAGUAUAUCCUUCUAAUUUUUUAUUUUGUUAAGGCAAUUGAUUUAUUUAAAAUAAUUUAUUGUAUUCUUUUUCUUUUUUAAAUUGUACAUUAUUAUAAUUGUAUCAAAUUAAUUGAAUAAAAUAAGGUAGCGCCCA